UCGGACAACAGACACCUGUGAGCAUUACUGCCUUUCAUUAUUGUCCACUUGUGUUGUUUGACAACAGUAACGAUAUUUAAAUUAUCGUUAAUGUGGGUUGUUGCAUUGAGCAACAACCUGUUUCUAUAAAGUAUUGAAAAAACGAAGUGGAUACAUAUUAUCUUAUGUUUAGUGAAACAAGUGGAUUUAAUAUCGAUAAAAAAGGUGAUCAUUAUUCGGGCAUUGUAGGGGCAUUAUUGGGUGUGUCAUAAUGAAGACUUUUUAUACACUUUUGGCAUUCGCCCUUUUACAUACAGUUAAGGCUCAACGUACACCCACAAUAUCUUAUAUUUCUCAAGAGCAAAUUAAAGAUAUUGGUGAGACUGUAGAGUUUCGUUGCUCUGUUCAAUAUGCACCAGAAUUUCCAGUUGUAUGGUCAAAAAUUAAUAAAAAUAUUGCUAAUGACCCACUACCUCUUUCGCAUGGUAGCUCUUUAAUUGUAAGAGAUACUAGAUUUUCCCUUAGGUAUGAUGAAGCUCUAUCUACCUUCAUAUUACAGAUAAAAGAUAUUCAAGAGACUGAUGCUGGGUUUUAUCAGUGUAAAAUUUUGAUAUCUUUGAAUAAUUAUGUAUCUGCUAAUGUUGAACUACAAGUUCGUAGACCACCUAUUAUAAGUGAUAAUUCAACUAGAGCAUUGAUUGUUACUGAAGGACAGCCAGUGCAUCUUGAAUGUUAUGCUGGUGGUUUUCCUACACCUAGAAUUUCAUGGCGUAGAGAAAAUAAUGCUAUCUUACCAACUGGUGGAUCAAUUUAUCGUGGGAAUACAUUGAAAAUUCCUGUAAUUCGUAAGGAAGAUCGUGGAACAUAUUAUUGUGUAGCUGAAAAUGGAGUAGGACAUGGUGCUAGACGUAAUAUUAACGUUGAAGUUGAAUUUGCACCUGUGAUAACAGCACCUAGACCAAGACUUGGUCAAGCUUUACAAUAUGACAUGGAUUUAGAAUGUCAUGUCGAGGCUUAUCCACCACCAGGCAUUGUUUGGCUAAAAGACGAUAUUCCGCUAUCCAAUAAUCAACAUUAUAGCAUAUCAUAUUUUGCAACCGCGGAUCAAUAUACCGAUACAACGAUCAGGGUGAUUACAAUUGAAAAAAGACAAUAUGGCGAAUAUGUGUGCAGAGCCUCUAAUAAAUUAGGAACUGCAGAAACGAAAGUUGAAUUAUUUGAAACUACUGUCCCUGUGUGUCCACCAGCUUGUGGUCAAGUCCUUUAUUAUGGGGCUGGAGUAGUACCAGUUUCUUCAGGACCUUUGGUAGUCUUAGUUUUAUUUAUUACAGUUGUUAUGAGAAAUUUCUACGCCAAAUAUUAAUUAUCCUGGACUUCAGUGGGCAGCAGCAAGUCAAUACAGUUUAUCGAAAUGGUUGCUGAUUGUACUGUGGUUCACCAUACAUAAUAGAUAUUAGAAAGAUCAUUAAUAACUUUAGGGGCCUCAUUUGUUUUUAUCUCUUACUAGAUAAUUAUUUUUGUAGUUAUUUACAAACAAAAUUGAAUAAUUAUUAUCGAAUAUAUUAAAAGUUUUAGGGGCCAACGAUAUAAUACAUGUUGGCAAGGUAAAAAACUAACAUUCCAGAAAAAUACAUAGUGAUACAUAGUGAAAAAAGUAAUGAUAUUACCAAUAGUUCGAGAUAUAUAUGUAUAUUAUAUAGUCUCUUUUCAAAUAUCAGUGCAACUGAUAGACGCGAAAAAGUGAUUGAUAAUGUUAUGGAUAUAUA